AUGGGUUCAACUACGAUGAAGCCGACCACGUCGAAUUCGAGUACGAGCAGCUCAUCAUCUCACCACACUACCACCACCACUCACCACCCAACGACCACUUCGAAAACUACCACUACCACCUUUGCUCCUACGCCCACCCUGCCGCCCAAUCCGAGUCCCCCAGCCAAGUGGUGGAACGUAGUGUACGACAGCAAUGGCACCAACUGCAUGAUGAUCCGCUUUGCCGCCCAGAUUGACGUCACCUACGUGACGGUGGACAACCGAACGGUGGCCACCGGCUUCGACAUUCCCAGCAAUGCCUCCGUCAACAACGACCUCAGCAUUUGCGACAAGGCCAGCCUCUCCGAGGUGUUUGUGCUCAACUUUGCUUCGCACUCUGGUGCCGAUGGCUACCUGGUGGCCAUCUUCAAGAAGAACGCAAAAACGAACGCCUCCUCGCUCUUUGAGCUGAUGGUCAGCUAUCCAAUCACCAAGGAACUUUUUCCGGGAAUAUCGCCCAAGUUCUAUGGUAAUAACUGUCGUUAA